GUUCUAUCAUCUGCUAAAUUCUCAUUGCAUGCACUUUUUUCCAGGGAAGAGAAAAUGGGGAAAGCACUUAGGUGGUGUUUGGUUUUGACAUGCCUUUUGGUUCCUCUAGCAGGUGAUGGAUUGGAGAUGAACUUGAAGAAUUAUUGUGAGAGUUGGAGGAUGAAUGUGGAACUGCACAACAUUAGGGAGUUCCAAGUUGUGCCUGAAGAAUGCACUGAGUACAUUGGAAAAUAUGUCACUUCAACACAGUACAAAGUGGACUCACAGAGGGCAACUGAAGAGUGUCUGGUUUAUCUCAGCACAAGCUGUAAUCUGAAGAAAGAUGGAUUCGAUGCUUGGAUCUUUGACAUCGAUGAUACCUUGCUUUCAACUCUUCCUUACUACGAGGAUAAUCUCUAUGGGGGAAGGAAACUGAGUGUGACAUCUCUAGAGGAAUGGAUGAAAAAGGGUAAUGCACCUGCUCUUGAUCACUCGUUGAAGCUUUACAAUGAACUUAAAUCCAGGGGUGUGCAAAUCCUUUUGGUUACUUCAAGGAAGGAGCAUCUCAGAUCAGCCACAAUUGACAACCUUGUAAAAGUUGGUUACUAUGGUUGGACUAAAAUUAUCUUUAGGGAUCCUGCAAAUGAAUUGGUAUCAGUGAAAAAGUAUAAAUCUGAUGUGAGAAAGAAAAUAAUAAAUGAUGGUUAUCGCAUUUGGGGCAUUCUGGGGGACCAAUACAGUAGCAUUGAAGGAAUUCCAAGCCCCGAAAGGGCAUUUAAACUCCCAAAUCCAAUUUACUAUGUUGCCUAAUGUGUAAUUGUAUUGUUUCUUCCUCAUUUACAACUUUUAUUAAAGAGUAACUUGUUCCAUGCAAUUGGACAUGUAGAUGGUCCAGAAAUAAAAUUAAUUUACAGUAUAAAUGUCUUGUGAAAUCUUACUUCAAAAGUUAGUUAAUUAUGCUUCAGAUCCCCUAAAUAUGGUUAAUUUCUUACAAAUUCUAAUUUAUACAAAUCAAGCUCUCAUUCCAAUAACAGAAUUUUAAUUUUAAUUUACUCCCUCCAUUUCAAGUUAUGUAUAAUUUUUUUUUUCAAUUUUUUACAUGAUUGUAUUUGUGUGCAGAGUGAAAACAUAAAUCCAAAAAUGAAUAUAUAUGAAAUGGAGAAAAAUGAAAGGAAGUGUGAAAAAUAAAAAUAAAAUAAGAAGUGAGACUAUUUGUUUGAGGAGAAAAUAACAUCAAAAUAAAGGAAAUUGGAUCAAACAUAAUCUUCCACCGGUUCUAUAUUACAGGAUGCAAAUCCACAUGAUAAUUACUAGAACAACAAAAAUCUGAUACGCAAUUCAAGACCCAAAAAUCAGAAGCAUGAAAUGGAUAACUGUAUUAACAGAGUUUUAUGGAGGAAAAUGUCCUGAGCCCAGGCAUGCAAAUAACAAACCAGA